UUCAGCAUUAAUUCUGAGGUGAAGUGGACAGGUCAUGUAAUAAUCCCAGGUUACAGAUCCUCCGAAAUGGAGGUAACUAGAGAAGCAGAAGCUGGACCUUUGGUUUGAAAGUUCUUAUGGAUUCUUGUACAGGAAAUGGAGGUAACGAGAGAAGCAGAAGCUGGACCUUUGGUUUGAAAGUUUUAAUGGAUUCCUGUACAGGAAAUGGAGGUAACUAGAGAAGCAGAAGCUGGACCUUUGGUUUGAAAGAUUUAUGGAUUCCUAUACAGGUUCACUUGAAGGUGGACUAAAGAGCAGUUGUGGUAGUGGUAAUUGGUGCUGGGACUUUACCUUAGAGAACUACAAUGAUUAAAAACUUUUGACUAUGUGGAGAUUUUCUUCUCUGAAGAGGCAUUGCAAUGGCUGCCAUAUUAAAGUUGCACCGGGGAAGGGCUGCUCUCAUCAUUAAGAGACCAUUCCUAAACCUCAAUAGGUGUUGGACCAGCUGUCGAGAGAAUGGGUACCGUAAGUUAUUCAUGCUCCUCGAGCUCUCUCUAGCUCCUGGCAUAUUUAUCCAAACACCAUGCAGUGAGCAAGAGAUUGUAAUAACAUGUCUUUGCCUUGUGCUGAAUAAAAAUUGACAUACUUUUCCAAUGAACGCACCAACUUCCAUUCCAAGUUCUUCUGGAAAUGGAGGUAACUAGAGAAGCAGAAGCUGAACCUAUGGUUUGAAAGAUGUAUGGAUUCCUAUACAGGGUUCAUGAAUCAGCCCCCUCAUGGGCAGGGCCGGGGUAAUACUCCAAAGGCUCGUGGCAAAAACAAGGCUAAGGCCAAAGUGGUUAUACCACUAAAUGAUUAUCAAUUUUCAUAUUUGGAUCAUGUUGCAGAUCUGCUCAGCACACCUCCUAAAGGCAACAACAGUUCACAACAGAAACAACAGAAACCAACCAUGAAAGAGGUUCUUGAACAAGAAACUCCAUGGAUACCUAAUCAAAGGUAUAUUCAGACAGAAUUGGUACUGGAUUCUCAAGAUGAGCAAUGGAUGCCAGAUCCUUGGGAAGUUAAAUCCAGAUAUUUCCAAACACAACAAUAUGCUGCACCGGAUGGUCGCCAUAGAUAUAUCUAUGAAGCCAUUCUUACUGAAACUUCCUCUGUGGAAAUCAACCACACGAAGCAAUUUUCGAAUUCCAAAGAUAGUCCUCUUACUUAUAGUAAAGCUAUCUUUAAGAGGCUUAUAAGGCCUAGUGACUGGGGAUUAAAUCCUAAUUUGCCAAGGAAAAUAUCCUAUGGUCAUAGUUACAAUUACUGGGAUUAUAUCUCAGCAUGGACAUAUUCAUUCUUUUAUGAAAAUCCGAAGCAUAAGCAUUCUUGGUUCCUCAAGAUAUGCCCUCAAUCAGUUAAGGCUGAUUUCCCAAACUGGGUUAUAUCCUGGUGGGCUAUAUUUGGCCCUGAUCUGGAUAUUUUGCCAGAAUCAAUUCAGCAGCUAUACUUGCCAUGGCAACAAUUUCAUCCUCAAUUAAGAGGAAAUGAUAAUAUUCCUAUAGGGAAAUCCACCAUAUUGUUCUUUACUGAAUUUGGAAUCCCUUGGAUUUGGAAAUGGGAUUUUCAAUGUGGUUAUACCACUGACAAGUUACCAGUCCUUCAGAGGAUCUUUUAUUACAGAUGGUGGUCAGGCAUGACUCAAGACCCUAUUCAAGCCCUCCUCCAUCUUAUCAGAAAGAAAACGAUGGAAUACAUGGAUAAUGUUCCAAAAUUAACUAUUCCAGAACCAGAAAUCUUUAACCCAUUUGAACUUGUUAAAGAUAUGAUCAGAAAGCAACAACCAUUAAUUACCGAAGCAAAUUUAAUGGUUAAAUGCAUGGAUUUUAUGAAGAACAAAUUGGUUCAAACUUUUGAUUCUUCCACACCUACAGUAUGAGAUGAUGCAUCCAUGGUGUCAGUCUCUAGUCAGACUAGUCAAGAAGGUAAUCAGUUUUCCUGUCUAGCUGGUUAUGCACAAGAUCCCAAUGAAGAUCUUAUUUCUGAAGAUGAACCCACAGUAGCUGAUUAUUGGGACUCCCUCACUGGCCACUUAAUGGAAAAGAUGAAUCCACCCAAAAAGUAAAGAUUCCUCUUAUCCUGCCGACAGAAGAAGACAAAGCACUUUUCCCCCAAGUCUUUGAUUCUACAGUAUUUCCUUAAUCAGAUGCCUACUUUCAUCAGAUAAGGAGACAGCACUUAGUGGUGGGCCGACCGACUGCGCAUUAUUCAAGCACACGAUCCCAUGCACUAUGCGGACUUCAAAAUGUUAAUUUCAAGUCCAUUUUAUGUAUAAAUAGAGGGCAAAGUUUCCCUUCAAUGUAUCUUUCAAUUUUCCUUUCUUCUUCUUGUAAUAUGUCUCUCUGUACUAGUUUGG